AAAAAAAAAAGGCGAAUCACGAUCACUGUGGGAACAUGUUAGAUUAACUAGAUGUUAGAAUACCGGAGGGCAAAUGCAGUUCCUGUCGGACGGGUUUUCGGCUGCCCCUCGCUAUGACGCAGCUUGGCGAUGAUGAAUGCCCCUCGGUCGCCCCCGCUCCUCAGCUGCAGCCACAACUCACCGCGUCCGCCGAUGCUCCAUAUAAAGCGUCAACGCCAGAGGUAAAAGAACCGGCAUCGCUCCAUCAUCCAGAUCACCCGCAUCUCACCCGUGAACCCCAUUCCACCCAGCCAGCCACACAGACAGCACAGAAACCAAAUGUCCAACUACUCCCGUCCACCCAACCCCGCCGAGUACGGCGGCGGCGGCUCUAGCGGUGCAAACUACUACGAUCCCCGCGCAGACUUCUCCUCCCAGUCCCAGCCAUACCAGCAGCAAUCGCAGUACCAGGGCGGGUCCGGCGGCUACAACUACGAUCCUGCCUUCAGCAACGCCGUCAAGCAGGCCAAAUACCACAACUCCGGGCGCGAAGACGACGACGAGGAUGACGAGGAGUCCGGAUUCUUCAAGAAAGCUCUAAGCUUCAUCAGCGAGCACAAGGAUCGGUUUGGCCAGGAGGAUAUUGACGAGCAGCAGGUGGUGGGUGCUCAUCAGGCGCUGUAUGGUGGAGGACAGCAGCAGCAGCAGCAGCAGCAAGCUGAGAGGAAGCAUGAUGCGGAUUUCUUGGGCAAUGGCGCAGCGCUGCAGGCGUUGAAGAUGUUUACGAGCGGCGAAGGCCAGCAGUCGCAAACCGGUGGUCAUGAUCAGAAUAAGUUGAUUGGGCUGGCGAUGGCUCAGGCUGGAAAGCUGUGGGAUCAGCAGAAUCAGCAGGGGAACGUGGCUACCGAUAAGCAGUCCGUCAUCAACUCAGCCGCCAAAAUGGCGCUGAAGAUGUACCUGAAGAACCAAGCUGGUGGCGGAGGAGGCGCCCUUGGAGGCCUUGGAGGACUGGGAGGCCUGGCCAGCGGCGUCAGCGGCGGCGGACAGUCAGGCGGUUCUGGACUGCUCGGCUUGGCGAAGAAGUUCCUCUGAAGCGAGGGAGCUGCAGCUAUUUUUCUUCUGCUCUGUGUUUUUUUACGUAUCGAAUCGGCUAGGGGAGCCGUAGGCAACAUAUGUGAUGUCUGACGUUUGAAUUCAUGAAUUUCUGAAAUAUCAUGGGAAUGACCAACCAUGGAGCGAUCCUGUCCUCCUUCUCUCUUCUUGGGCACGAUCCUGACUUUUUCAGAGGAGAAUGUAGCCUUUGUCUGAAAAGGCUGUGGUUGCUCUUGUCAUGGGCAUAAUCCAUCGGCAGCUAAGCGCCAUGUGCCUUCCUGAAUACCCUGGAUUUGCAGAGAGGAUAUGAACGCCAUGAGAACAGUGUGUUUGACAUAGGCUUCUGCAGCCAAGCUGGACACCACGCUGCCAUGGCUGCUGUGAGAAAUAACUACCCAUUGCCGCG